CUCGAUUCGCGCUCCCAGCCCUCACACCCGCAACCCGCACACGACCCGACCCUGACGCCCAUUAUUCCCCCUCGGCCCGCGGCGCCCUCUUCCAAACUGGCUCGUCCUGUGCAGCAGUCGAGCCGACCUGGGGAGACGCACAGCUCGCCCGCGCACCGCCUUCUAUGGUAGCUAAGGGGAGGAAGAACGCGGCAUCCCAGCAUGACAGACGCAACGAGAGUGGCCUGGCAGCCCCCGGCAAGCGCGUGCAGCGCCAGAAGAGCAACCCCUCGCUGCCGGCCGCCGCCAAUGGGCCCGACGCCCCCGCGCCCGCCGCCGACGCGGUAGAGCAGCACCACCAGCAGCAGCAGCACCCGCACCAGCACCCGCACACGACGCCGGCCGCCAGCAGCGCCUCCGACCUGCCGCCGGCCGCCGCCCCCGACAUGCCCGCCGUGUGCGACGGCCCGCCCGUCGAGCGGGUCCGCAGCGCCUCGGACGCGUCGCUGGACCCUGCCGACGCCGCCUGUCGUGCCGCCUCUGCUGCUGCCCGCGCCAACGGCCACGGCCACGGCCACAGCAAGCCGCUGUCCGUGUCCAUGGCCAGCCUGCUCGCCGUGCCAGCCACCAUUCUCACCUCCUGUCCUCUGCGGGACGUCCUCGCCAUCCUUAUCAUCCUGCUCCAGCUCCCCCCCACCGUCCUCACUGUCGUGCAGUUUCUCUUUGCCACCCUCACCUUCGUGCCUCCCCAAGCCGGGACCCCCCUCUCUGCGCUCUCUGCCUUCCCCUCCUUCACCGACAUCUUCCAGGGCUCCGGCGGCACUCCCUCCUUAUUCACCACCAUCGCCGCCGACGCCUCCAUUCUGCUCGUGUGGCUCGUUCUCUGGGUCCCCGUGCAGAACUUCUUCCUGGACCUCGCCCAGGCCGUCAUUGCCAUUGCCCUGGGAGGCGCCGCCGCCGGCAAAGCUGGGACGACCAACGGCAUUUUCAUCUGUGUCGUCAUCAUCGCCUCCAAUCAUUUGCUCAGACUCAGGCCUCUCCGGCAAUACAUUGUCCACCUAGUGUGGUCCGGGCUCGCCCGGGGAGGCUUGGAGUUUCUGGCGAGCCCGCCCAGUUCAUCUACUUAUUUGGAAAAUUUCUCAAGUCCCCAUGGAUGGCCCCGCAGCCUCCUGGGCAUCCACAUUCUCGCCCAAGGUGUUGUUCGCAUCAUCCGGCGCUCUCUAUCUCGACGAGACGUAGUCCAGUCGCUGCCUACCGGCAAGAAAACAGAUCCCGAAGUUGGCAACCUCCAGCGAACCAACUCAGCUACCCUCUUCCCGCCCGCCGAUGCGCCAAAUGCCUCGAGUACCGAUGGCCGCCCCCCGGGGCCGUCGCCAGCGUUACACAAGGACAAGGCGAGUAGCUCGCGGCGGAAGAGGAAGCAAGCUACACACGUUCGUUCUCAGCAGCCCUUUUGGGCCGCACUUGCCAGCACAAAAGUUACAGUUUUAAAAGAGAUGGAAAGCAGCCGGGCGGCCAACGAUGCCGACGAGGCUAACGCAAAAGACGCAAACCACAUUGGAAACGCUGUUUGGAGAUCGGAAGACGAUCGUGUAUGGAUUUCAGAAGUCGGCUACUCCGACAUUUCAUUUCGUGUCAGUCUGUUCCACGGAGGAGCAGACGUUCAAGAGGAGGAGGAUUCGAGUGUUGGAUCCGGGAUUGACAAGUCGAAGCCAUUCUUUCUCCGUGUCAACGGUGCAGACUGGAGUUCGGCCCGAAUCCGCCAGAGCACUGCGUUGGGGUAUCAGGGGCACGAGGGAACAAGCUUUUGGGUGGGAGAGAUUUUUGGUCUCACGGCACUUUCGAACUACUAUUGCGAGUUCGUCAGGACCAGUGAUCACGAAGUCUUCUAUUCUACAAGCCUUAUUACCUCGGCUGGCCCAGUCGCUGAACUAGCCUCAAUCGCCUCCCCGCCAGCUCAUCAGACUCUCCGCCCAUCUUCGCCUACGACGACACUCAAGAACUCCAUCGCCGCGGCCGACCAGCAACUGCAGGAGCAGCGCAAUCGCCUGAAGCGAAACAAGAAGGACCACAAGACCGCCAUCUCUACCAUCAAGAAAGAGGUCGAUACUCUCAGCAAUCGUCUGUCGAAUGCUGGAGGUAGUGAUGAGCGGCAACGCCAGCGUGUUCUUCAGUUUACGCAGACAAUUCGCCAGGCAGACGAUGCCACUGCUGAUUUCACACUGCAAGCCGAAAAGCUGGGUGCGAUUCCGGAAGAAGAGGUCAAAGAGGCUGCAGCAAAGAAAGCUGCCUGGAAGAAAGAGCGCGACAACAAAAACGCCGUGGCUCGUGAAUUCGAAGCAGUCAAGGCCGACAUCGAAGCCCAAGUUCAGAGCGUGGAGACCGAUAUCGCGACCGCCCUUCAGAAGCGCGAGCGUCUCCAGCAGCGCCAGACAAGAUUGAACGAGCAGCACGACCGUCUGGUCACUGCCAACCAGGAAGGAUUCACAGCCAAGCAGCGCAGGGAGCAGGAGCGUCACGCCUUGAGACAACAGCGUGUUGAUGUCGAGCAACAAUAUCGUAACAGCAUCAACGGUUUCGAGCAUCGAGCUGAAGAGCAGCAAAUUGCCACUGCUCAGCUCCUGCAGACUGCCGAGCACUACGAGAUCCUCCUUAUGCAGGGCGCGCAUCACGAGUCUAUUCCCACGACGCCCGAAGGACCGCUACCUGGCACGACCAUGUCUCCCCACGCCAGUGCUUUCACCAGCUUUACCUUUCCGCAAAUGUACCAUGUCGGCAGCACUCCGGGUUCUUUACGCGGCGGCCGUGGUCGCUCUUCGUCCAUGCUCUCAGAUGUUUCUGGCUUCACGGAUGGGUUCGAUGAGCACCUAUCUCCCGUGUAUGCUCUCGAUAACCCCUUCAACGCCUCCGGAUUCGUCAACGGCCACAACAACGGCAGCCAUGGCAGCGGUAGUCUCAGCUCAGGCACAUCUAGUCAAAGCUCAAGCCAGAGAGAUCCGUUGAGCCCCGUGCAGAGUAUCAAGCCGAUGAUGAUGCGUAGUUCGACAGGCGGCAGUGCUGGCCUGAUGAGUCCUAUCGGCAGCGGCAGAAAAUCCUAACGGUUUGUUCUGAAGGUCUUUACGUAGCUUUCCAAUGUGACUUUGUUCUUUUGGUU